AUGUUCACUUCUCAACAGUGGUCGAAUUUAAAGGUGAGUGACGAAGUCAAGGGUAGGAAGACAACUUCUAUUGUUCUUCAAGUCUCAUUUUGGGAUGAUAUUGUUUAUGCUCUUAAAGCUAUGGGGCCUCUUAUAAAAGUACUUAGGUUGGAUGAUAAUGAAAAAGUCCUUGCAAUGGGUUUCCUAUAUCAAGCAAUGGUGGAUGCAAAGAAUCAAAUUAAUAAAAACUUUGGUGAAAAUGAAAGCAAGUACAAACCGAUCAUUGAAAUUAUUGAUAGAAGGUGGAGUAAUCAGCUAUAUCAUCCGUUGCAUGCAGCAGGACAUUUUCUGAAUCCGAAGCACUUUUAUAACAAUCCAGAAAUAAAUGAUGAUGAUUUGUUGGAGCAGGGCCUUUAUGAAUGCAUUAGAAAGCUUGCUUAUUCUCCUGAAAAUGCGGAUGCAAUCCAUGGAGAUUUGGAUAAGUAUAGGGAUGGUUUGGCUGCUUGCUGGAAGAGGUGGGGAUCAAAAACACCAAAUCUAAAGCUACUUGCUAUUAAAAUAUUGAGUUUGACUGUUAGUGCAUCGGGGUGUGAGAGGAAUUGUAGUACUUUUGAGCAUAUUCACUCUAAGAAAAGAAAUAGGCUUGAACAUGAGAUGUUGCAAAAAUUGAUUUUUGUCAAGUACAACCAAACUUUGAAGGAAAACCGUGAAAGUGAUGAAUAUAUUGAUUCGGUGCUCAUGGAUGAUCCUGAAAUUAAUGCUGAUGUUGAAGAGGCAAGUGGUGCUGCCGAGCCCUUAUUCAACACUAGGAGCCAAGCAGCUGCUGCUACAGCUCUUGCAGCUCCGCCCCCAUCAAAAUCUAAGGGAAAGGGAAAUCAAGGGGCAAGUGGAAAACAAGGGGAAAAAGUUUAUAAAGGAAAAGGAAAGAAAGUGGUAGUAGUUGACGAAUAUGAUCCUGAGUUUGUUACUGAUUGGGGGGAUGAAGAAAAAGAGGAUGAAGAGGAAGAAAAUGAAGAGAAAGAGGAUGAGGCAGAGCACAUGAAUAAUGGUGGAAGUGGAAGUUAUUAUGAAGAUUUUCAUGAUUAUUGA